UCUAAAAACCCUCGCCUCUUUAUAGUUCGCCUUCAUUCUACACGAAGCGCUGUCGUCUCCUCCGGUCGCUUCUCGCCGGCGAUCAGAGAUCUCAUCGGACUUCUCCCGGAAGUUUUUCGUUUUGUGAAGAGAGAAGGCCAUGGGAAACGGUCCGGCUCCAUUUUUGGACAUUGGCCGGCGUGCAAGAGAUCUUUUGACUAAAGAUUACAAUUAUGAUCAGAAGUUCUCCCUUGCAAUUCCAAGUUCUACUGGAAUGGGUUUUACUGCCACUGGAGUGAAGAAAGAUGAAAUCUUCAUUGGUGACAUUAGUACACAGUACAAAAGCGGAAAAACUACCGUCGAUGUUAAAGUUGAUACAUAUUCUAACGUUUCGACCAAGGUGACUUACGAUUGGGCACCUGGUACUAAAGCAGCAAUAAGCUUUAGUGUUCCUGAUCACAAAUCUGGAAAGCUUGAUGUACAUUACGUUCACCGUCAUGCUGCCAUCAAUUCCAGCAUUGGGCUGCACCCAAGCCCUCUUCUAGAUGUUGCUGCAGCAACAGGCUUGAAUGAUAUAGCUGUUGGUUGUGAAAUUGGAUUUGAUACCUCCACUUCGUCAUUUACAAAGUGUAAUGCUGGAAUAAGCUUCAACAAGCCAGACUUUUCAGCAGCUGUCAUACUAGCUGAUAAGGGGCAAACCGUGAAGGCUUCCUAUGUUCAUCUAGUCAGCCCCUUAACCGGAACUGAGGUUGCUGCUGAAAUGACCCACAGCCUGUCCGGGUUUGAGAACACCUUUAGCAUCGGAAGCAUCCAUAAACUUGAUGCUUUCACAUCAGUCAAAACCAGAGUCUCCUACAGUGGGAAGCUCGCCGUGUUAACCCAGCGAGAGUGGAGACCGAAAUCCUUUGCAACAGUGUCGGCAGAGUACGACACGAAGGUGGCCAACGCAGCUCCCAAGUUUGGGCUCUCCAUUGCUCUCAAGCCCUGAAUUUUGGUAACAUCUCUUUGCCUAAAUUUUCAGUUAUUUAGUUCCUCCAUUUUCAAGAACAUGAUGAUGCAUUUUUUCUGCUGCUGGAAUGGCUGCUUUAUAAAAUUGAAUUGGAGACAGUUUUGGACCUCAUUGGUAAUGGAUGUUUUGUUGUAACUUUUGCCUUUAUGUGAGGGGCUGCAAUAAGGUUUUUGUCACCCAGAUAUUUCAUUACCGAAAAAUUCAUCAACCGUGAAACGAGAUUUUUAAUGGAUUGAGAUUACUCUAGAAGAGGAGUCUUUUAUGA